UGUACUCAAAACAGCUCAAAAUGUGCUCCAAUCGUUCCGCUUUCGGGCUAUUACUGUUGGCGUGGCUAGCAAGUGUGACGGUACUUGGCGUCGAAGCGUACACAACACCUCCACCGACUACUGCCAACUGUACCACCAUCAGUACCUUUGAUGCUGCCCUCCAGGAAUGUGUCAUCCAGCUCGGAAUUGCACCGGAACGACUCGACCAGGAGUACAACCUACUGCUCUACCCUGCCGAUCGGGACACCAUGUGCUUGGUACGAUGUAUCGGUGUGCUGCUUCGCUUCUGGAACGAUACGACCGGACUGCGCGAGGCAACGGUCCGUCAGUACUACAAACCAGCACCGGAAGACCAAGACUACCAGAACCGUACCCGCAGCUGUCUCGCGGCACUGGAACCUAGCGUAACGGACGUUUGCGAACGAGCGCAUCGAUCGUUCCUUUGCUAUCAUCAGCACUACGGAUACCUUCGCAAGACUGAUCGCUACGUACCCAAAACACCGCUCGAGAUGAAACAGAUCCAGCAGGACUGUGUGGAUGUUUAUGGGUUAGACCCGGCCCGGUUGAACCACUACCAGGACGGUCAAUUUCCCGACGAUCCUGAAACGCAAUGCUUCGUGCGAUGCGUUGGACUUCGGGCUGGACUGUACACCGACCGGGACGGACCGAACAUUGACCGGAUGUACAUACAGUGUGAAUCGUGCGCCGAUGAGACGUUGUUUCGUGCAAAGGCUGGCGAGUGUAUCGCGGCACAGAGGCGGCACAAGCUGAGCAAGUGUACGGCCGCCUACCGGACGCUGUACCAUUGCUUCCGGGACGAUCAGCUCGAUCUGUACGCAAGCUUAACGACGGCGGCUGCGACGGCGGCAGCGAUGACUACCACGACGACCACCAAGAAAAGCACACCACCGAACGCUAUUCCGGCGCUUUCGGUUAGGAAACCGAGCGAUAGGGCGAAAUUGUCGCCCGAUGCCUGGCAGCUGGAGAUCAUCCUGGAGGGUCUUUACAAUCAGAAGUACUGAGAGGGGUGUAUUUUUUGCGAUUUAAUAAUGUUACUGGGGGAAUCGGGCUUAUUUAUUUUAAAUACUUUAUAGGAAUACUUUAUACUUUAUUUAUUUUCAUAGGAAAUCAUAAAAAUCCGUUAUUUUUACAAUAAAGAUCAUAUUU